AUUUACACGUUUGUACUUUCGCAAUAAACAAGUGAACGUGGAUCUUGUAUUUUAUUCGAUACCAAACCUAUAAACUAUAAAUAUCAACGAAAGAAAGAAUUAAAAUAAAAUAUGAUGUAAUAAGAUACAAGUAUCUUAUUAUUACAAGAUACAAGUAAGAAACAAGAGUACAAUGGAGGAAGGAGAAGGAAGGGAGUAUGAAGAAGAAGUGGGUGAGAUCGAUAAAUAUCCAACUCCUAAAUUAUCAUCUAUCCUCGAAGAUACCACAAAAGCGUUAACACAAAAAGAAGCAGGAGAGUGUCUUCACACAUUAGGAAAAUGCGAUUCCGGCCUUGGUUAUGCUUAUCUGGGAUUGAACGCAUCUAAUAAAGGCUUGACAGAUAUUAGAAUCAUACCAACGUUUAAAUAUGUGCUCUACGUGGACGUUUCCGGAAAUAGAUUAACGACCGAAGCACUUCGCGUUCUUUCGUCGAUGAAAUAUCUCUUGAUGCUUCAAGCUGAUAGGAAUCAUGUGUCUUCCGCGGAAUUGGAUCCUAUGCCUUAUCUUCAGGUUCUUACACUGAAUAAGAAUAAAUUGACAAGUACAUCAGGCAUUUCUCAUAAGCUUUUGGAGUGUUUAGAAUUAAAUCAUAAUAAUAUUGAAGAAAUCACUUUAAAUCCGUACGAUCUUGAGAAGUUGAACAGUCUCGAAUUACGUGGUAAUAUUCUUACCACAACAAAUGGAAUCUUUUUUCCAGGAUUAAUACGAUUAUAUCUCGCAGAAAAUCAAAUAGAAAAAGUGGAAGGUUUAGAAAUAUUAGUUAAUUUAAAAAUUCUACAUCUGAGGAGUAACAAAAUAUCGAAUUUGGAUGGGUUUGAUUCACGUUGUGCCAAACUCAGUUAUUUGAAUCUACGAAAUAACGAAAUUACAAAAAUUUCGGAAUUAGAAAAAUUAAAUUGCUUAACAGCAUUAGAGACUCUAAUUAUUUUGGAAAAUCCUGUAAUAGCCGAUAGAGAAGUAGAGGAAGAAGCUGCUUAUAGGCACAUUGUUUUGGCUAUGUUACCUAACCUAACACGUAUUGACAAGGAUCCAGUACUUUACGACGAAAGGAAAGAGGCUAAAGAAUUUCACAGACAAAUGCUUCGCGAUGGCACAACAUUCGCUGAUUUAGAUUUCAAUCUUUUAACCGCAGGAUAAAAUUAAUAACAUUUACUCUACGUAAUUAUGGGAAUAAAAAAAUAAAAAGCAAAUAGAAAUUAGCAUCGUACGAUAAGUGUAAUUUAAAGAUUAUCAUAUAAAGUAGAUUUCUACAUAAUCGAUUACAUUCAGCAGGUAAGACAAAUUUUGUUGAGUUGUUGACAUUAUUUUUUUAUCAUACUGGUACGAACUUACUGAUUAGUAUUGUUUUUUAAA